AUGUCCAUCCAGAAUUUGAGCACUUUCGACCCAUUUUCCGAUGCACAUGGAGGUGCCUCGGAGAGGGUGCAAGACACACUCGUUCAUGUCAGGAUCCAGCAACGAUCGGGAAGAAAAACUUUAACCACCGUGCAAGGCCUUUCAGCUAUGUUCGAUCUGAAGAAAAUAGUGAGGGCGUGCAAGAAAGAAUUCGCCUGCAAUGGUACCGUCGUGGAGCAUCCAGAGUAUGGUGAAGUUCUACAAUUGCAGGGUGAUCAGCGGGAGAAUAUAUGCCAGUUCUUGACUCGCUGUGGACUGGUAAAGGCCGAUCAAUUGAAAGUUCACGGAUUCUGAGGAAGUGGUUUCGGACUUCGUGCCUGAGACAGCGGUGGAUGAUCACGCGUGACAUCGAUUGCUUCUGGAUAUAUCAAUUACUCAUUGAAUUUUAAAAAUUGCAUUGAGGUAUCUGCCGGUUAUUAAUGGUUUAUUAAAAAUUGUGUAUUCAGUA